AUGAGGAUAUCCAAAGCGAGCAAGCCAUCUCCAAGAUACCACGGUCUAAACCGUCAUCCACAUAUUGUUCAAGGUCUUCUUCUCGCCCCAGAAGCCACCUUUAUGCAACGUUUGCCCCACAACCCAAAGGCUCGGCUGAAGACAACAUCACCACCAUGUCAAAAUCAUGAGGCUCGAUGGAUCAAGAGUAUCAUCGACGGUGUUGCGUGGCUAGAAUCGUUGGGUUUGGUUCAUGGCGAUCUAAGGCCAGAAAUAGCUUGCUUGAUAUGCAUGACCACGUCAAGCUUUGCGAUUUCGACUGCACAGUGGAACAUGGAAAGCGGCUCAGCCUCCACUGUACCCAUUUUUUACAGCAAAAUAACGGGGAGACCGGACACAAAACGAGCUGUUUGCUACGGCUUAUUCUAUGGCGAUCUGAUCCACAAGUGCUGGAAUAAGGGCUAUGAAUCUGUCUUGCAGCUAUACCAGGACAUGGAAGACAUACAUCGGCAGACGUCUUGCGGAGCAGGACCUGCUGCGAUCACAGAAAGUAACCGAGACUUCUCUGUGAUCCUCAUAUGGCUUUGCGUGGCUACAAAGAUUGAAGAUACGACUUCGUCACGUAUGCAAGGAUCAGCACAUGAGCUUGCUCUGGACUUUCAUCGCGAUACCAGCAUUCGCUAUCGUUGUUUCUGCGGUCCGAAGGAGUAG